AAGAGAACAGAUCCGCUCCUGAGGAGAUGCCAUACACCUUUACUGCUGUCUGAGCUUCAUCGCCAAAGGUAAUACAUUUGCCUAUAAUGCUGCAUUUCCACCACAAGUUGCCCGCGGGGGGAGCCGUGGUCCUGCUCGCCUUCCUUCUCCACGGAUGCGCCGUGCAGACUGCGUCUCUCCCCCGCCACUACAGGCUCCGAGGCGGGGAGAGCGAGGGCCAGCAGCAGGGUGCCUACCCACCCAGCUCCGACAUGAUCAAAGCCCUGGAGUACAUUGAGAACCUGAAGCAGCGGAACGGUGGGGGUCGACCCGAGCCCGUGGAUUACGACGAAGUGGACAAGUUCAGGGUCCUGCUUCAGCUCGCCUCGCAGCAGGACGAGGGUCCCGGGGAGCGCCAGCCCUCCGCCGGCAUGCAGAGGCAGGACAUUACCGCUGAGCAGCUGAUGAAAGCUCUGCUCAGGUCUCUCCAGGAUCAGGCCGGGAAAGACGCCAAGCUGAGCCCCGCAUCGGCGCCCAGGAACGACCGCCGCACGCACCGGCACCGCACCAAAGACACUGAAAUCCCCGAGAGCGCACCGGUAGAUUACGGUAACUUCCCCAGAUCCCACAAGAAAUACCCGCUCAUGUUUGAGGACGAGGAGAACACGGACGCUUCGAAGCGGGCCACGGAGGACCUGGACGAGCAGUACACGCCCCAGAGCCUCGCCAAUUUACGCUCCAUCUUCGAAGAGCUCGGCAGGAUGCCCACUGUGGCCGGCCAGAAGAGAGACGUGUUUGGGGAUGACGACGAUGAGGAAGAGGACGGGAUCAGCCUGAGAAACCAGGCGUACGAGGACGUGGCCGGAGGGGAGGAGUGGGUCCCCGUGGAGGAGAGGGAGGAGACGGAGGAGAUGGUCAACGGGAGCCACGAGGAGAUGGACCGGGCGCUCGGCGACCAGGAGGAGUCCGAGAGGGAGGAGAUGCAGCGCCGGGCCAGCCAGAACCAAGAGGAGGCUGACGACGACACCAAACUGGUAGAUUACUACCUGUUGAAAGUCCUGGAGAUGAGCGACCAGACGCAGAAGCGAGACAAGACCGGCGAGCAGAGAAAGAGACUGAUCCGCCCCUCCAUCGUGGAUCCCCGGACGGUGAAGGAGCUGCUGGAGCUCUCCUUGAAGCUCCACGUCCCCCCACAGGACCUUAUCGACAUGCUGCUCACGGAGGAGCUCAGGAAGCUCCACCGUGACCCCCAAGCCCCAGCUCGCUACACGGCCGGCCAAACCCCCAAGAUCAGGUACUUCAGCCGCAGACUGCCGCUAAAGAGCAAGACCCCCGCCCCGGAGGACAUGGACAGGGAGGACUUUUUAGACAUCAUCGGGGUGGAGACUAUCCGGAACGAGUAUCCGGUGGUGCAGAGGCCCAUGAAGACCUCACCGUCCUCAGAUAGGAUCCCGGUGGCAUCCAAUCCUGCUGUGAGUUCAGGUCCGGUUAAGAUCCCUCCUCCAUCCGGGCGCAGGGAGAAUCUGUUCCUAUCCGAGCUCAACAAAAUGCCCCUGAAGCGUCAGGCCGGCGGUGCUGCUGCUGCUGCUGCUGACGAGGAUGAUGAUGAUGGAGACGUGGAAGACGAGGUGACAACCUAUCUGGCGGCCAAAAUCCUCACAGAGUACCCCAACACCAUCACCAAGAGGGACACCCAGGCGCAGCUGAAGGGACAGUUCCCCUACGAGCUGUACGAGCGCGCCAUGAAGGAUUACUUGGGGCAGGCGGACGCUGAGAAAAGGCCAGUGGCCAAGAGGGAGACCGAGGUGGCCACAGAGGAGAAAGUAACACCCACGGAGAUGCAGGGCAAGGAGGAGAUCACGGCCAAGACCUCGGCUCCCCAAACCGUCAACGAAGAGGAGGAGAAGGAGCACCGUGAAAAAACAGUGGCCGGGAUGUAGCCUGCUCCUCCCCUCCUCCCCUCCUCCCCUCCCUGCCUCCUUCUCCCCAAGACGCACGAAAUUAUGAAUAUAGUAUUUAUACUGUCUCAAAAAUAAAGUUUGGUGGACGUGAUCUAGUUUACAAAUUUCUAUUAUAUGAACUAUAGCUGGUAUUGAUAUCAUCCUAAAUGAACUAUAGCAAUCCUACGAGUCAGAUAUAAUUGUAAAAAUAAAAUAAAAAAAAAAAAAAAAAAAAAAAAAAAAAAAAAAAAAAAAAAAAAAAUACCAGUCCCUACUUGCUGCAAGAACAUUAUGGAAAUAUUACAGUGAUACCACAGGAGAUUAAAAGGUGCACUUUGAUUGGAUGUCACUCUCAAAUUGCCAGUUAGCCUAAUGAAUAAUCCAAAAUCUAAAUUAUUCAAAAGUUUUGUGAUGUUGUUUAAAAAAAGUUUGUUUACAUGAAUGGUGUUUGUAAACAGCAUUGAAAAAACACAGCCCUAUAUUUUCCAACUAUAAUCGACUGAGUAAUGGUUUAAAAAGAACAAAAAAAAAAGGCUUAUUUUUCAUCUCUGUCAAACUAUUCAAUUACAUAUGUGAAUAUACAUGUAAAUUACUACGUAUAAUGCUGACUGGGCCUUUGGGAAAACACAAACACACAGGUGUGAUGACAGGGGUACAGAGAAGGGGUUUUUGGUUGGGGGCAGCGUGCUGGGCUGAGAACGAGUGUUGUCGUGACUCGUGAUAUAUUCAGGGUUAGUGGAUUUAAUGUUAUUAUUAUGGAUAAUUAUUUCCAAGUCUAAAUAUCAGACCGUCGCCUGCCUUCCGACCCUUUCAUACUGCGAAGCUCUGUAUUGUUGGCCUACCAGUGGUUGUGCUAUGUAUGCUCAUUUUUAAACCAUUUUGUACAUGUUCAAUAAUGUGUGAUCAAUCACAGAUGAAUAAAGCAUCAGCGGUA